AUGAUUCAUCAAAAUCUAGCCUUUGGUAAUUUAAUAACAUAAAAUCAACUGGAAAGGCUUGCAAAAAAAUAAAAAAUAUUGCUUAAAUCACCUCAAUUGAAGAAUGAUAAAAAAAUGAAACCUAAAAGGUUAUUUAGAUCAAUUAGUUUCAAGACUGAACUAUAUGCAUUAUUAUUAUCAACAUCUAAAAAUAAGCCAACAAAGAGUUCUAUGUUUUUGAAACCACCUAUAGAUAAGAAUUUUUUAAAGAGACUCCCUUCUAAACUUAAUCCAUAUGAAGCCUUGGUUAAGAGUGAAAAAUCAAUUGCCAGCACUUAAAGAAGAAGCAGUGCACCAUAUAUCAAAAUUAUAAGGAGGUGGAGUUAUCAUGAAAUAUAAAGUGAAAAAUAAAGACGUCUUAAUAAUAAAGUUCAUAAAACUACCAUUAAAUAUCAUUAUAUAACUGCAGAAAAAGCUAAAAAGAAAAAGCUUAACCGAUUGAGAAUGCAAUAUAGUAAUAAAUUCUGUAAUAAUAGAAUUCAUUAGUAGACUAUAAAAAAAUAAAAUUAAAAAACUUCGUAGUAAAACGCUCCCCUUGGCUCCAUUCAUUCGGAUGAGACAUACUAGAGCAAAAACGAUUGCUGAAGAAUAACAUUAGGGUCCAAUAUUAAAUUUAGAGGAGUAAUUAAAAAGAAAGAUAGAUAUACUUAUUAUGUUAAGAAAGGGGGCAAUGCGAAGACAUACUUGUUUUUAAAUGCCAAAAAAGAGUGUAUUAGUUUCAAAAGAAAAAUUAAUAAAUUAUUAAAAAUAGCUUUCUCAAUAUUUAGUCAAAACAUAAUAAGAAACUGAAAGUUAUGUUGAAUUUUCUCCUGCUUUAGAUUAAAUUCGAGCAUAUCAAAGAAGAGUGAACUUUACUGAUAGAAAAUAAUCAUUAAAAAUAGCUCAGCCGAAAAAGAAAAGCUUUAUAUCUGGUAUGCUUAAGAAAAAAUCACAUAGUAUCAUCACAUCCUAUAUUACUAAUAAAGCAGUAACUUUGAAUUCUGAAUAGUAAUCACUUAUGUUAAAACCAUUAAAUUAAUUGAUUAAAAAAAAGACACAUUUAGUUCAUGAUAAAAUUGUAAAUAAUUAAUCUUGGUCAGAUAAAACUUUGAUGAAAAGAAGACCAAAUUUACUUAUAAAAUUAUAACCUUAUUUAUCAAAAUAAGAAAUUGUUAAAUGUUGA